AAUACUAACACACUGAGUUUGAUUUUAAAAAAACUAAAUUAAAUUAAAUACAAUUUUUGUUUGAGUUUUAUAAGAUCUGAAAUACAAAGCGCCCACUAAAAGUCUAAUAAUUCAAUAAAAAAAAAAAAAGAGAAUAAUUUUCAGAUCCACGGCGGGCAGCGGGCAGCUAACCUAAAAAAGAAUUUAAAUAUAGAAAGCCCCAUUAUGUAUCCCCUUCAAUCUGUCAUCGGUCAUCACUUUCGUAAUCUCUCGACUCUCCUACCGCCUCAUCUUUUUUAGGGUUUCAUUCUCAUAUCAUCUCUCUCUUAAAACAGCAACUCUUUUAACACAACUUCACUUUUUUUUUUCUUUUUAAGUUUCAGUUUCUCAUGAGUCCUCUUAAUUAGCGUACAGGGUGACUCUUCCCUUUUCUCAUCUUUCUUCAUUAUCAGCACACGAUUAUUUUGCCAAAGCCUUCUACCUUAAUCUUGUAUCCUUCCUCCCAAAAUGGCUCCAUCCGGUAGAAGUAGAACAAGAACAAGAACAAGGGCGAAACCGACACCGACACCGAAACCAAAACCAACAAGAAAACCAAGAAUAACCCGUUGCAAGAAACGGCCUUCGAAGUCCAAGAACAUCCAAGAAACACCAGCAAUGGAGGAUUUGCCUUCUUCUUCUUCCACCACUACAAGUUUAAAGAUUGAUGGAUUUGAUUUUGAGGGUGUUGAUGAUCAUAUCUCUACUACAAGUCCAUGCUCUACACCUAAAGCUCAGAAAUUUCGAAUACCAGAAAUCGUAACAUGUCCACCAGCACCAAAGAAGCAAAGAAUGAUAUCAAAUUGCUCAUUGCAAAGGAGACCAAUUGCUUUCUUUGCUCCUCCAGAUAUAGAGCUAUUUUUCUUCUAUGCACGUCAUGAUAUCUCAGUCUGAAUUAUGUUCAUAGUCAUACAACUACAUGAUCAAGAUCAUUUCGAUAGUUCAAGAGGUGAUCCUUAUAGAUUUCUUUUUGAGUUAUAAAUAUAGUUGUUGUUCCAAUUUGAUCAUUAAGGUAUAGCAUAAUAGUAUUGAGCUGCUUUGUUAGUGAGCCAUCAAACAAAGCUGUUGUUAGUUUUUCCCCCUUUUUUUUUCUUGGUUUGCUAAUUUAGUUGGGUUUUGAACUUGUAGGGUAUAUUAAUUACUAAAUUUAGUUUGGGUUUGUCCAACUAAAUUUAGCUUAGCCUUAUGCCUACUACUAGUAGAUGUAUUGCUGACUUUGAAAGUUUGAAGGGUGAGAUGUAAUGGCUUGAUUUAAGGUUUGUGAGUGUGAUUAUUUUAGUGUGCAA